ACGGGCCGGGGAACGGGGCGGCAGUGCGCAGCGGCGGCGGAGCAGGAAGAGAGCGGCGGGAGGAGCGAGUGCGGGGCCUCCCUGAGCCGCGGCCGUCGCGGAGCGCUCCGUGUGCGGCCCCAACAUGGACGAAGAGGGCGGCGGAGGAGGCGUGCCUGAUGAUCUCUCCAUAGAAGAAAGAGAAGAACUUCUAAAUAUUCGUCGCAGGAAGAAAGAACUGAUAGAUGAUAUCGAGAGGUUAAAGUUUGAAAUAGCUGAGGUUAUGACAGAAAUUGAUAAUCUGACCAGUGUGGAAGAAAGCAAAACUACACAGAGAAAUAAGCAAAUAGCCAUGGGAAGGAAGAAAUUCAACAUGGACCCUAAAAAGGGAAUACAGUUUCUGAUAGAAAACGACCUCUUGCAAAACACUGCAGAAGACAUUGCACAGUUCCUUUACAAAGGAGAAGGAUUAAAUAAAACGGUAAUUGGCGAUUACCUCGGUGAAAGAGAUGAAUUUAAUAUUAAAGUUCUUCAGGCUUUUGUUGAACUCCAUGAGUUUGCUGAUCUCAAUCUCGUACAAGCCUUACGGCAGUUUCUGUGGAGCUUCAGACUCCCAGGAGAGGCUCAGAAAAUUGACCGUAUGAUGGAAGCUUUUGCUUCACGCUAUUGCCUUUGUAACCCAGGUGUCUUUCAGUCUACAGAUACGUGCUACGUGCUGUCCUUCGCUAUCAUCAUGCUGAACACCAGCCUGCACAACCCCAACGUCAAGGACAAACCCACAGCAGAGCGAUUCAUCGCCAUGAACCGUGGCAUCAACGAUGGGGGGGACCUGCCUGAGGAGUUGCUACGGAAUUUAUAUGAAAGUAUUAAGAACGAGCCCUUUAAAAUCCCAGAGGAUGAUGGCAAUGACCUCACACACACCUUCUUCAACCCUGACCGGGAGGGCUGGCUGCUGAAAUUAGGGGGAAGAGUAAAAACAUGGAAACGAAGGUGGUUUAUUUUGACUGAUAACUGCCUGUAUUACUUUGAAUACACAACUGACAAAGAACCUAGAGGGAUUAUUCCAUUAGAAAACCUAAGCAUUAGAGAAGUUGAAGACCCAAGAAAGCCAAACUGCUUUGAGCUCUACAACCCCAGUCACAAAGGCCAAGUGAUUAAAGCCUGUAAAACUGAAGCUGAUGGCAGAGUGGUGGAAGGCAACCAUGUAGUGUACAGAAUAUCUGCUCCCACCCCAGAAGAAAAAGAAGAGUGGAUUAAGUCUAUCAAAGCAAGUAUCAGCAGGGAUCCCUUUUAUGAUAUGCUGGCAACAAGGAAACGAAGAAUUGCAAACAAGAAAUAGGACUUGAUCAGUAGCGUGUGUAUCUGCAUCGACUUCUACAUGGGCUACGAUGGAGAGAUAAUGUAAAUGUUGGGCAAACUAAAGACAGUAACUGUAAAAUUAUAUAUAUAUAUAAAUGCAUAUAUAUAUAUACAUAUACACACACACUUUACUAUGACAUAAAAUCUCAGCAAGACCUUUUGGAGAAGUUAUUAGUGUGUAAUUUGAAGUAAGCUUCAAAUCCCAGAGGAUAAUUUUCUUGGAACUUAAUGCAAUUGAAGACACGGAAGCUUUGUUUCCACUUGUGUUAGUUGUAACUACAGUUGGCUUGGACUGGGAAGGAAAGAACAGUAAAAUAUCCCAUACCUGUUUCUUGAGCUCAUUGCCCAUAAAUGGAAAAGUGUUUUAAGUGCUUUUCUCUCAGUUAAAUGCAACACUAAAAACUGGACUAGAGGGCAGCCGUGCACAUUUCCAUAGGCAGGAGACUUGCAGUGUCAGUUUUCAAGUCUUAUGUGUCUUGCAGUAAAUGAAGCCUUCAUUUAGAGCGUGUGCUCCACCUUCUGUAUUAACAGCUUUUCUUCUUUGGAAGUGCAGCUUGGUGUCAGGCAGCUACAGCAGUCACAAGUGCCAAAGGGUUGGAGUGAAUGCACUGAAACACAGACAGGUCCCAGCAGCACAGGCCUGUCUGCAGCCAUGACACUGCGCAGAGUGGUCUGGCAUUUGCUAGAAGGCAAAAACUCUUUACAGUCUGCUCACACAAUAAGCAGUGAGAGUUAAUGACUGACUUAAUCUGUUUUUAUAUAGUUGCAUCCUUCCUAUGUUUUAUAUAUAUUGUAGUUUAACACUAUUAGGAUUAAAGGAAUAAGGUGACAGAGCUUGCGUGAGUUGCAAGGGUUCAGGCUUUGCAUGUGAAAACACCCUGAAAUCAUAAUUUCACGUGCACUUCAUGAUUUUAAGGGAGAAAAACCAGGAAAACGUAAUCUUUCUGCAAGAUCCAGCCCUAGGGAGGUGAGCAGGCAGCACUGAUCCAUUUCUUUGCUUGAUAACAAACUUGGAACAUACAGAAAAUGUGGGUAUUUUCAUUGCAUUCUUAGAAGACAGAUUUUUCCUUCUACUUCAGUAGCUGAAGUUGAAAAUGAGUAGAUAUCCUUAUUUGUACCUGAAGAACAUAACCUUACUGUCAGUUACCUCCUGCCAUGAGCCCCUGCACGGUUUCUUGUUAACUUAUGGAAGAUUGUCACAGCACUUUCCUGUUGGCAGCGCACAGAACAUUCUUCAUUGCACAGUGAGGACACAAAGUGUUUUUACUGCUCUUCUAGCAGUACAUUUUUUUCUGUCUCGUUGACCCUGAGCCAUUCCUGCUGUGCCAAUGGAUGCCUGGGUGACCCAGCGUGAUGCCAAAGCAGUUUUGCUUCUUGGAUAUGUGACAGGGAAUUCUGCUGCACUGGCAAGAUGCUAAGUUAUCUUUUGCAAAUCUCAUUUUACCUUUAAAGAAGUCAGACUUGUGGUUGCUGUUUUACAGAUUUUGCAUUGCUUUGUGCAGGGUUUCAGCCUGUUUUGCUUUAUUGCAUGCUUCAGAACAAGGCUGAGACAGACUGCAGUCAUCUGUCCUACACUGCAGACUUUCCCCAGUGUGUGGGAAUUGCAGGCUGCUUGGAUGAAUGCUCAGAUCUGAAGCAAAACUCAGCCAAAGGAGGUAGAAUCCCAGUACUUAUUAUUAGUAAGUAUCACUGUGGGAUAUCUUUGUGUAAUGGAAGCCAUUUAAACUCUAUGGAAAUGAAGCUGUACGUUCUAUGUCUGUGAAGCAGCAUGAUGAUGCAGCUGCUGAUGUAAUGACUUUUCUGCUGUGCAACUUCAAGUUCUCCUUUGAAGCCAUGCACUCCCCAGUUCCAGCUUUGGAUGAGAUUCAUCAUGCAAACAGUGAUGAGCCCAAACAGGAGCCGGUGAGUGCAAAGGUGAAACACAGCAAAGUUUAUUCCUGGAGAAAAGUGAGAUUACCAAAACGUUAGUAAGCCAUGAAGCACUUUUUUUCUUAAUCGAUUCUGGUAUUCUUAGCUAUCUUCUGCAAGAAAAUGUAUUUAUUUAACCUGAUGAGGAAGUCUGCUGAUAAGCAUGAAGGAAAAGCCUUGAGAGUUCAUUUGCUGUACUUGGUUGGAAGUUCUUACAUCCUGCAGAAGCGAUUAUUUACAGUAACAGGAAUCUGAAGAUAUUAUAGCAAGAAAAAAAAACAUUAUUUUGUAGCAUUAAAACGUGACAUCUAAAACAGCUACUUGCGGUGCUCAAUACAGCUAUUUCAUUUACCAAAGCUGAUGGAACGUCUUGUUUGUAAUUAUAUUUGAUUUCAAAUGGUGGUUGUUCUUUUGUAACAGUAUUAACAUGGAGUGAAACUGGCCCAGAAUUUCCACUGGUCACGAGGCCAGUAAAACAAAGUGGCUUGUGAAAAUUUUGGCCAAGUUCAGGUACUAUUUUGAGGGUGAAGAAAAAAUGUCUCGCCCUUUCCCUUCCUGAUUGGGCUUCAAGUCCAGGUGUAGCUAUCAUGACAAGCUGCUCUGCGGCCUAAAGCAAUACUGUUAUGGUUUGGCUGUGCUGAGGAAAAGUCCCCUGGGAAUGACAGCCUUCUCCCUCCUGCUGCACUGAAAGCUGUGUAAUUGUUCAGCUCUUUGCUUUUACCGUUGCCUUCUGAAACUACAGGGGCCAGCAGGAGCCAUUACUGCUUCUGCCACGCGUAUGGCUCCUCUGAAUAUCCAGACCUGGCCGCUAACUUCAGCCACGGUGCCAGUGCAGUCUGGGGAGAGAACUGUAUAUAAAUACUUAAGCUCAGCUGGACUGACUUAAAUCUUACAAUAUUCUGACAAAAUAAGCUCUACGUUGGUUAACAUCUUGAACAGUUUUAAACCGGUACAAAACAACCUUUGUAAACCAAGCAGCAUUUAUAAUGCUUCAUAUAUAAAAACAAUACAUAUUUUUUAAAGUUUAUUACAUAUCUAUGUAGAUAUGCUUGCUGGAAAAGCUCGGUCUGUUGUAGACCAAAUGCUACAAAUGAAGACUUGUGGCUUACCAGUUUCUUUUCUAUAUUUUCUUGGAAAAUGUUUCUAGUUAGAGUUUAAAUAUAAAAUGUAAAUGCUGUACAGAUAUGUAUUGAUAUAAGCAUUACUUGGUGUACACAAGUGAUUUGCAUGACAAAUACUCUGUAUCAAUCAUUGUUAAAAAUGUAAUGGUCUGUGUAAAUCCACUGCAAUAUUAAUGUUGUCAUUUAUCAUUAAGACCUUUUGCUUAAACCUGGACAUCCUCAAAAAUAAAGUGUGAAAGUAUA